CGAGUGCACGGCUUCGAUUCUCACCGGAAAUGACGCACGACGGCCUCUUCUCUCUCAGCUGCUGUUAGCUGGCUGCUAGACGGACCGUCGAGAAAUCGACCAAUCCCGUCAAAAACUAACAUAUCUGGAUUGCGUGCGUUUGUCACCCGACAUCAUGCCCAUGUACAAGGUAAAGCCCGUCAGUCCCGGGGACAUAAAGAUUGAUUUGCCAACGUGCAUGUACAAGUUACCAAAUGUCCACGCGCAGAGAAUGAACUGUGGAGAGCACGCGCUUCAGUGAGAUGUUUGAUUUCCUGGACUCACACUUUCAGUUUAAUACACUGCAGUUUACCAGCAACUAGCAACAACAACGACUCCCUGAGAUACUUAGGAAGGAGAUGGAUCAUAUCAGAAAGGAUGUUGAUGAUGAUAUGAACGGGGAGGUGGAUCCUGCUCUGAAGGCGCUGGAGGAGCGACAGGACGAGGUCUUGAGAAGACUGUAUGAGCUAAAGGCAACGGUGGACGGGCUGGCUAAGACAGUGACCACUCCUGACGCAGACCUGGAUGCCAGCACACUGUCCCGCGGACCGGCCGAGGCUGUGUUCAGAGGAACGGCAGAUCUAGACUCCUUACUGGGCAAGGACCUGGGUGCGCUGAGAGACAUCGUGAUCAAUGCCAACCCUGGCCAUCCUCCUCUGUCCCUGCUGGUUCUCCAUGCUCUGCUGUGCCAGCGCUACCAGGUGCUCUCCAGCGUGCACGUGCACUCCUCAGUGAGCGCUGUGCCCCCUCCGCUGCUGUCCUGCCUGGGCCCGCGCCACAUAGACAGCUACGCCCGCCAGCGCUUUCAGCUCGGCUUCACUCUCAUAUGGAAAGAUGUGUCAGAGCUGCAGAUGAAGUUCAACACGCAGAGCAUGUGCCCGAUCGAGGGCGAGGCCAACGUCGCCCGCUUCCUCUUCCGUCUUCUGAGUGCCGAACCCCAGGACCCGGUCGCUGUCACGCAGAUGGACUCCUGGAUCGACACGGCAGUUUUCCAGCUGGCCGAGGGGGGCAGUAAAGAGCAGGCGGUCACGCUGAGGUCACUGAACUCUGCUCUGGGACGUUCGCCGUGGCUUCUGGGUCAGGAGUUCUCUCUGGCAGACAUCGUGUGUGCCUGCUGGGUCCUGCGGGCCGGCCUGAACACCUCUGCAGCAGCUAACGUACAGCGCUGGCUCGAGUCCUGCCAGAACCUGGGCCACUUCGACUGCGUUUAUCCAUUACUACAGUGACGAGAGCUGGGAGAUCAGUGCAGGUCGCACUCCACAAACUGAUACACCACAGUAAAUCAGAUCAUGAAAAGAAAAAUGCAACGUGAUGUCACCGACCAACUGUAACCUGUUCUGACAACAAACACGGUUACAUCCCACAAUCGUGUGUUAACUGAGCUCAGGUGUGUAAUAUGGAAUGUCUAGAAGUGAUGUCACUGGUGAUGUCAUGUUUGAACUGGAGGUGAUCUGAAACUGAUCCCAGGUCAGCGUCAUAGAUGCAAACACUCAGAGAGAGGGCAUUUAGGAUAAUGAUACUGUAAACACAGCUCCCUCCCGCCUUGUGCCUAAUAAAACAUUGUACUGGAAGAUGUUGUGUGUUGCUGUGACAUAAUCUAUCGGGUGUUAAAAGAAGCGUUUGAAAUGUGAACCCAAGGACCUACUGGUAUGUGAUGGUAUGAGAGGUGAUACUUUGUAGCGUCUUUUUCAUAAAGCUUAUUAAACAUGUUCACUUGGGGUUAGACGUUUA